AUGCAGACCUUCUAUACAUCAUCAAAGUCAGUACGUCAAGGUCACCAUAUCAAGGUCACUACAUCAAGGCCACUACAUCAAGGCCACUACGUCAAGGUCACUACAUCAAGGCCACUACAUCAAGGUCACUACUUCAAGGCCACUACUUCAAGAUCACUACAUCACGGCCACUGCAUCAAGGUCACUACCAUUACAUCAAGGCCACAACACCAAGGCCACAACACCAAGGCCACAACACCAAGGCCACUACAUCAAGGCCACUACAUCAAGGCCACUACAUCAAGGCCACUAACUACAUCAAGGCCACUACAUCAAGGCCACUACAUCAAGGCCACUACAUCAAGGCCACUAUACCAAGACCAUUACAUCAAGGCCACAACACCAAGGCCACUACAUCAAGGCCACUACAUCAAGGCCACUACAUCAAGGCCACUACAUCAAGGCCACUAUACCAAGGCCACUACACCAAGGCCACUAUGUCAAGGUCAGCACAUCAAGGUCAGCACAUCGAG